GGAAGUGGAUGGCGUGGAGAUAUGGCGCAACUGCGGCGCGAGUUUAUUGUCCCGGCAUCAACUCUGAUGCAGUGGGCAGCAGAGGAGCGUAUUUCCACAGGGUGAGUUCUUCACCACGUGUGUGGUUGUGGCAAGGGAAGAAGGGACAGUUGACAUUCAGGGACGUGGCCAUAGAAUUCUCUCAGGAGGAGUGGAAAUGCCUGGACCCUGUGCAGAAGGCUUUAUACAGGGAUGUGAUGUUGGAGAACUACAGGAACCUGGUCUCCCUGGGAAUCUGUCUUCCUGACCUGAGUAUUUUCUCCAUGAUGAAGCAAAGGACAGAGCCCUGGACUGUGGAGAAUGAAAUGAAAGUAGCAAACAAUCCAGAUAGGUGGGAAGGUAUCAAAGAUAUCAACACAGGGAGAAGCUGUGCAGUGAGAAGCAAAACAGGAAACAAGCCUGUUACAAAUCAACUUGGAUUAACCUUUCAGUUACCUCUGCCAGAACUGGAGAUAUUUCAAGGUGAAGGGAAGAUUUAUGACUGUAAUCAAGUUGAAAAGUACAUCAGCCAUAGUUCUUCAGUUUCGCCACUUCACAGAAUUUAUUCUGGGGUCAAAACCCACAUUUUUAAUAAACAUAGGAAUGAUUUUGUUGAUUUUCCAUUGCUGUCACAAGAACAGAAAGCACACAUUAGGAGAAAACCGUACGAAUGUAUUGAGCAGGGCAGAGUCUUCAGAGUGUCUUCAAGCCUUCCUAAUCAUCAAGUAAUCCACACUGCAGAUAAACCUAACAGAUGUCAUGAAUGUGGUAAAGCCGUGAGGGACAAGUCAGGCCUCGCAGAACAUUGGAGAAUUCGUACGGGAGAGAAACCUUACAAAUGUAAAGAAUGUGGCAAGCUCUUCAAUCGAAUUGCAUACCUUGCACGACACGAGAAAGUGCAUACUGGAGAGAGUCCUUACAAAUGUAAUGAGUGUGGCAAGGUCUUCAGUCGAAUUACAUACCUUGUACGACAUCAGAAAAUUCAUACUAGAGAGAAACCUCAUAAAUGUAACAAAUGUGGCAAGGUUUAUAGUAGCAGUUCAUACCUAGCACAACAUUGGAGAAUUCAUACAGGAGAGAAACUUUACAAAUGUAAUAAAUGUGGCAAAGAAUUUAGUGGGCAUUCAAGCCUCACCACCCAUCUGUUAAUCCACACUGGAGAGAAACCUUACAAAUGUAAAGAAUGUGACAAGGCUUUUAGGCACAAGUUCUCCCUAACAGUUCAUCAGAGAAAUCAUAAUGGAGAGAAACCUUAUAAAUGUCAUGAAUGUGGCAAAGUCUUCACUCAAGUUUCACACCUUGCACGACAUCAGAAAAUUCACACUGGAGAGAAACCUUACAAAUGUAAUGAGUGUGGUAAAGUCUUCACUCAGAAUUCACACCUUGCGAAUCAUCAGAGAAUCCAUACUGGAGAGAAACCUUACAAAUGCCAGGUGUGUGGUAAGGUCUUUAGGCACAGUUCAUGGUUUGUACAGCAUCAAAGAAGUGUUCAUGAGAAAGUCCUUACAAACUGAGUUUGGCAAAGUGUAUUAUAAGUUCUAGCAGUAAUCAACAUCCGAGAGUCUAUACUAGAAAGAAAUCAUUUAAAUGUACUAUAUGUGGCACAGGCUGUAUGGAGACCUACCAAAUCACUAGACAUCAAAACAUUCGUCUUUGGUGAAACCACACAAAUGGAUUGUGUGUGCCAAGGCUAACAAGUCAAAAUAUGUUGAACCUAAUGAUAUGAUGUGUGUAAAGGGUGCAAGGACAUGUGGAAAUGGUCUGUUAUAUUCGGGUUAUUAAAAAUGUAAUUGGCCGGGCGCGGUGGCUCACGCCUGUAAUCCCAGCACUUUGGGAGGUUGAGGUGGGUGGAUCACAAGGUCAGGAGUUCGAGACCAGCCCGGCCAGUAUGGUGAAACCCCGUCUCUCCUAUAAAUACAAAAAAAUUACCCGGGCGUGGUGGCACAUGCCUGUAAUCCCAGCUACUCAGGAGGCUGAGGCAGGAGAAUUGCUUGAAUCCGUGAGGCGGAGGUUGCAGUGAGCCGAGAUCACUCCACUGCACUCCAACCUGGGUGACAGAGCGAGACUCCGUCUCAAAAAAAAAAAAUUAUUUGGGUUUGAAAGGCCAGGUGCAGUGGUUCAUGCCUAUAAUCUCAGCACAAUAGGAAGUCAAGACAGGAGGGUCACUUGACUCCAGGAGAUCAAGAUCAGUAUGGGCAACGUAGCAAGGCCCAUCCCUACAAAAUAAAAAAAAUAAAUAAGCCAGGCCCUUGGCAUGUGUCUGUAGUUCCAGCUACUCAAGAGGCCGAGGCAGGAGGAUUGCUCAAGCCCAGGAGUUUGAGAGUUUGAGCAGUGAGCUCUGAUCUUGCCAUUUGUACUCCAGCUUGGGUGACAGAGCGAGACCGUGUCUCAAAAGAAGAAAAAAAGGCUAGUUUUUAUGACUUCAACCUGAACUUUGGAAUCUCUUCAUGUGCCUUCCCUACACAGGCCUUUCACUGUGGUCUCUGGGAAAGAAUCAGUAAGAUGACAGGGCUGACUUCAUUAGCUGAGGAGCGUUUCUAUCCAAUUUCCUGGAGGAAUAAGGACACUGCCUUUUCGGAUUAAAGAUUGUCUGAUUUAGAGACCAUGGAGGUGGACAGAGAAUAACAAAACCGUGAUGGCAGUCAUCAUGCUUAUUGCAGUUAGCACACUCUUUUCUUGACAGGCACAGUGCUGCUGUGCUCUACAAAUGACCAUGAAAUAGAGCACGCCAUGACUUUAGGACACAGGUAUUUUGAUGGGAAGACAGGUCAUUAGGGACUGAUUACAUAGUAGAGACGUUGCAGGGGAAAUGGUGGCCACCUUCUCCAUUGAAUAGCAAUAGCUGCUCUUUAGCAAAGACUGAUUAAAAAGUACUCUGAUUUUUCAAAUGGAAGAGAGAACAGUUAAAUCAGAGUAGAGAGUUUAAUCAAAACUGCCAAUGGAACAUGCUCUUGAGUAGGAUUCACAUUUAACUGCUGGCAUAAUUUGCAACUGUUUGAUUUUCUCAUGUUUGGAACAAUAAAGUUGACAUUUUCCAAAGUG